UUCCAGUGUGGUAGUGGUAGCUACCAGUAACUACUCACUGAAUUCAACGGUAGUAGUUGGUAGUAAGUAGUGUACCGGUUUGUUCCAACAAUGGAAAACCGGUUCAAAGUGCAUUUGGAGGGAUUAUGCACUCACUGUUUUAUCGACAGUAUUUUAUUGGCAUUUGGCACUGUAGCACCAUUGAGAACAGAUGUACAUUCAUUCUGAAUAGAACUAGCCACAGGGAUCAAACGACGCUUAUGUGUUGUUUCUCUUUUCGUUGUUUCGUUUGUUCUUUUUUUUUUAAUUUAAAUAAAGCUUCUGCUAGAGCUGUCAAUUGCGUAAUGGAAUUAUUUUGAAAAUGUGAAACACGUCGUGAAGAUGAUUGAGUUGUCUGAAAAAAUUCAAAGUUACUAUGUAACAUCCUCUGACCUCCUGUUGAAUACGCUGAAGGAGCUACUGAUACACAGCAAUAUUACUUAUGUGGCACUUUCGACUGUGUUUAUUAUCAUCGUUACUCUAUCAAGUUUGAUAGUUCUUUUCAAAAAAAAACGUGACGAGGUCUUUUCAUUUCCUGAGGAAUUUCUGCCCGAACCAGUCAAUCAUGACAUUGAUGUUAUUCACUGUAAUGAAGGAGAGUCUAAAGUCCUAAAUUACAAACAACUGUUAUUGCAGCUGCACUAUGUAACAAGUAAAUGUUACGAUAGUUGCUAUGCUUCCAAGUGCAUAAGAUUAGUAAGAGACUGUCCAUAUUUGAUCAAUGUCGCACUUGAACCAGGUGGACUCACACCCUUUCAACGUGUCUGUUAUCACAGCCAUACAUGCUUAGUGGAGUACAUGCUAGCAAAAGGAGCUAAUCCAUGGUUAACGACACAGGCUGGUGAAAAUGCACUUUGCUUGGCUGUCUAUUAUCACAUUAAGCAUCCAAGCAACAACGAUCUAUCGUGUCUGGAUGUAUUGUUCCAGUCAGGAUGUACUUUGGAUCCUAAAAGUCGAUGUUUUGAAAUUAUUCUGAAAAGAGCUACCAAAGUUUGUCAUAAACGUCUCACCGAGUGGAUACUGGUGCACACUAAUACUCACCCUUCGGACCAGAGAUCCAUUUCAGUGCCUCCAGCUUUCCGAUACCUUAAAGGCUACUCUCAGUAUAAGCCUUCACUUAAUCGCUAAACUCAAAAAACAUUUAAUUCUCCUUUAAAAUAGAAAUAACAUGUGUACUGUCAUUAAUCUAUCCAUUAGAUUUUUCAUCCAUUAGGUAUAGUAAAAUUUUGUAUAAAGUUCUGUACGGACAAAGAAUUUAUGUAUAUACCUAUAAUAUUAGUUAAUAAAUGAUUGUAUAAUAGCUUAUCAAGA